AUGCAGAGGCAGAAUCAACCUUCUGUUGCGUUACCUUCAGGGCAACAGGUCCCUACUAUGAGUAAUGGCAUGCCAUACGCGAUUCCUGCCCAACCCGUAUUUGCGCCCUUGCCAGCUGGGUUUCAAGGCACAUAUAGUAAACUAUAUGGAUCGAAGAAUUCUAUAUUUGCAGCUGCUACACCAGACGCUACUACCCCAUUUGACUUUUCUCAGCCGGUGCUGAACUUCGGUCGAUUACCAAAAAAAGCAGAAGAAACCGGUGGCACAUAUGUUGGAAAAGAAGACCAGCAGGGAGUGCAGAAGAAUCAUAAAACCAUUGACCAGGAAGAGAAAAGGAAUCCAUCUACGUCUGUGAAUGAGAAAGCUAAUACACAAAAGGAAUCACGCCCUUUCGUUCCUCCAAAUACCCAACAACUUCGUAGGACGCUCGUCUUGGGUGACAUUCCAAGCAGCUUAAAUGAUUUUUGGAUUGAUAAAAUUUUGCGGUUGUCCGGCAAGCUGGCUUGCUGGCGUCGUGUUUUGGAUGCUGAAGGAGAACAGGCUUCUUAUGGAUUUGCCGAGUUCGAGUCCAGUGAGCAAUUUAGCAGAGCAUUGGAAGCUUUGCAAGAUUUUGUCCUUCCUUCUCUGGAAGAAGGAAAGCCCUCUACCAAAUUUACCAUUCUUACGGAAGCAGAAAAUGAACCAUUAUAUCAGGAAUGGAAACAAAAUCGUUAUAAAAAUAGACAAAAAGAAAGCCUUAGUCUUCAACAAAUUCACGCAAAUUUGGAGAGAAUCAGUCAGGAUAUUGGUAACAAAGAGGUACGUACUCGGAUUGAGAAUGCUGCUCGGCAGGCCCGAGAAAAAUCCGAAAAGUCUCUCGACGAGAGCCGUAAACUUGAAAUUCCAAUCAAUUCUGCUGAUUUAGAAGGGAUUAAUCCAGAGCUUCUUCCUGUCAUAGAGGAAGAAAUUCGCUCCUUCCGCGAUCGUUCAGCUUUGCGAAAACGUGAAAAACAGCGAGCAAGAGAUGAGUAUGCAAGGUUGCAUCGGGAGUUUAAGCAACAGGAAAGAAGAGAGUUCCGUAAGAAAAAUGAAGAGCUUCAAGAGUUAUUAUCUAGGCAUCGGGUUUCUCGCCUUCCUCGAUCCGCCGUUGAAACCUUUUUAAAAUUAGAAUCCGGCAUCCCUGAAACAAUGCCUGAUGAAGAAAUAUAUGCCAAAGAAAUGGGCAAGAAGGAAGAUCUUGAAAUGGAUGCUUACUACGCUAGAGAACGUCGUUGGUUAAAUCGCGAGAAAGCUAGAGGUGCAGCUUUGGAACGAGAAGCCGCAAGGGAACGGGAAGAUAGAAUAGCUUUCACCUCUUCGAAAGCCUACAUGUCUGAAAAACUUGCGUCUUUUGACGACGAUGAAGAGGCAAGAAUUUCUCAUGAUGAAUAUUUUGUUGACCGUGCAGCAUGGAUUCGUCAUAGAGCUGUUGCUAAAGCUAGAGAAGAAGAUGCUGACGCAGCUGACCGACAAGAGGACGAAGCUCAAGCUGGCCGUGAAACAACCGGUGAAGGGGAGCAACCAGCGCCUGGUACUAUUGCUGUAAGCAGCGAAAUGCCAGAGCAAGGAGGAUUCAAGAUGAGAUUGCAAAGUAAAGCCGCUACUCAGCCAACUAAACGUGAGAUUGGUCUUCCUGAACGAAUGUUGUUGGAAGAAGAAGAUGUAGAUGAGCAAACCGAACAGCAUGGUGCUGAUCGACCUAUGCUGGAAGAAAAUGAAGCUGAAAGAGCAGAAAGACUCCGCACAAUGAUUGAAAAGAUUCCCGCUGAAAGGGAAGCUCUUUGGUCUUGUCCUGUCGAUUGGAGUAAAGUUACAGAGGAUCUCCUUGUGGAUGAAAUGCACAAGUUCGUUACUAAAAAGAUCAUUGAAUACAUUGGAAUUCAAGAAGACUCCUUAAUUACCUUCACGGUAGAACAUGUACGGCAGCAUAAAGACGCGAGAUCUCUUGCGGAAGAAUUGGAAAUGGCAUUGGACGAGGAUGCCGCCGAAUUCGUUAGUAAAGUCUAUCGAUACUUACAUGUACUCUUAAUUUUACGGACUGGAGCUUCACAAUGA